UUAACUAUAACCGCUACAUUACUUAACAUUUAAUCACAAGCUUUUAUCCUUCUUUUUAUUUCUUCAAAUUGUGAAGAAAUACAAAAUGGUAGAGUGUUUCCUGUCAGAGCGCUUUUUUUCAAUGACUCUAGCUCAUAUGAAGGACAGUCAACAAGCAACAGCAAACUGCUUCCGAACCUUUUAAACCAAAACAACCCAGUCGCUAGAAUAAAAUGUUGGCACACACACACACACACACACACACACACACACACACACACACACACACACACAAUGUUAGAUGAUGUGGCUCAAGCUUUGGCAGUUGGUGCAUCUGACUCUUGUUUUGGCUAAAAUAUCUGAAGUACACUAACAUCUUUACUUUUUCUUAACAUAGGCCCUGUUUACACCUGGCAUUAACAUCCGUCUCGGGUGAUCCAAUCACAAGUGGACAGCUCUAAGUACAGGUGUGAACGCACCCAAGAUGCAUUGAGGAUGCAUUGAGAUUCAAUCACAUUCAGAGGUGGUCUGGGCUCUGUGCACACAGCUGCAUGAGAGUUACAUUUGGCAAGUUCAACUGACAAGUUCAACAGAAUGGGAGGACGCACUGAGAUCACUUGCAAUUGAAACAGCAGCAUUCUUGCCGUCACCCCUCAGUCAGCUUGGCUCUGGAGAUUACACUUAAAUACAACUGUACCUUACUGUACUGUGAUAUAAUCAUUCCAAAUCAAAGGUCCAAUAAAACACUUUUCUGAAGAAAAAAUAAUCUAAUUGACAGUGAUAUGUAGUCAAAUUAUGUUACCCAAUCUGCAAUGUUUAUUAAAGAUCCAAUCUGUUAUAUUAGAAAAAUAAAAUUAAAUGUAAUAUAGACCACACUGCCUCUAUGCUUUUUAAUUUAUUUAUAUAAUUUAUUUUGGAUUUUUAUUGAAAUGUGGUGAUAUAUGUACAUAUAAGUCCAUAGAGGCAGUGCUUAACUUCACCCUCAGUCAUACUAAUGUGGCAGCUACAAUUAAAAAAUGUCAUCAUUAAGACCAAAAUGUAUCUUCCAAAAAAAAUUAUAUCAUAUAUCAAAACUGAAAACUUAAUAAAGUAGCAUAAUAGCAACCCUAGGACAAAAAUUAUAACAGCUUUUAGCUAGGCUCAAAAUCCACACCAAUUCACACCACUGGUUGGUGUGAAUUUCAUUCUGGCAUACUUCACCACCCAAAGUUCACACAAGUCAGCUCCCAAAGUAUCCUCGAGAAACAACACACUUCACCACAGAGCUAUGAAAGUACUUCAUUUGUAAAUGUUCUUAUUGUGUGUUGACAUAUUACUUAAAUUGUCGGCUAAUUUGGUAUUUAUGAAUGAAUGAAUUCAAGUUUUUAUGUUGCCCCUUACAACUCAAUUAUAAAACUAUGUCCCCUUUGUUUGGACACACACACACACACACACACACACACACACACACACACACACACACACACACACACACACACACAAACACACACAUAUACUACUGACAUGUGAACAUGCCACAUAUAAAGUCAGAUAUUUCCUGGGGCCAUAUUGUUGGUGUCCUGCUGAUCUAAACAAAGGUAAGUACCGCCUGCUGGACAGUACAUAAUAGCUUUGAAUUGUGUUCUGACUCCACUUAUAUUUUGUCACUGGAAUAAAUCUGUCAUGAAAUAAGAAAUUUGUUUCAAAUUGAACAUGAAUGUUUUGAAAGAUGUGACACAGGUUAAUCCAACAAAAGUGACUGAUAAAAACGGGUGGUUUUUAAAGAGCUACUGUAUACUUCAUUUUGCAAUUCUUAGCCUUAUCUUGACAGUUUUAUAAAGGUCUGGAAAGGAUACAGACUGUGAAACUACACUGAAGAUUAUCACAUGAGGGCACCCUUUGUUGUUCCUUCAUUAUCACACUUUAAUCGUUUAAUUUUAAAUGCAUUCAGUUCAAUAACAAGAGUAAUAUAUUGAGUUUUACUUUUGAAGUUGAUGCUCUCAUCUUCUGGUUGAGAUGAGUACUUCUUUAUCCUGUUGUUGUUACUGAGUGGCUUUAUGCAGGAUUAUCCCUAAAACAUUUAAGUCACCUUUAGACAAACUAGGGGGGAUCAACCUCUAUGUAAGCCGAUUCUCUAAGCUUCUGAUAUUAGAUUAUGAAGCACUCAUGCAAAAUUACCAAUCAGUUUAAAUAGCAAAAUCUAAAAUGUCAUUAUGUUUCUGAUUUAUUUAACGGCUGGCCCUAACUAUUCAAAUAUGUUUCUGUUUCAUUAGUGUUCAUAUGUAACAUAAUUAUUAUUUUUAAAGUUGCUUAACCUGCUCAAUGUGAUAUUUAUAAUUUGUGAUCAUUUAUUACAAUACAUAUUGAUUGUGAGAUUGUCCUCUCAUUCUCUCUCUCAUGCACCAUUGUGAGUGAAUUGCACUUUACUUUAAAUUUGACAAUAUAUCUAAAAAGUGCCAGAAAAUGUCUACCUUCUUUUGGUCAAAGUGUUUCUGAUGUUUGGAAAAUUAUCCAUGAAUGGGUGUGUAAGAGGGGGGUCCUCUUAAUAUCACUGUUAACUUAUAUAAAGCUAUAUUAUUAGCAUAUUAAGUUUAAAGCACCAUCAGAUUGGAGUAAUUUGCCUAACUCACUCUGAUCGAUUACUUCUUUCCAUGACCUCAAGACUUCUUUGCUUGUUUACCUUAAAUUUACUCCUUCUUGUUUUUGAUUGUAUGUACCCUUAUCUUAGUUUAUAAGUAGACUCUGUACUUUGACAUAAUAUUAUUUGAUCUAUUCAUUUAUAUUAUUUCUUGUUCAUUCUUUGUACAGAUGACUCGUGUAACAGAUGUAGCAGGUGGGGUUUGGGAUGGUGGGAGAGCCCUUAUGUGUAUGUCCAUGUUGAUUUUACUGUGUUGAUUGUUUUUGUGCUAUUGUAUUGUUUAAUUUAUUAUCGUUAUUAUUGUUAAUGUAGUUUGUUUUGUUUAAAUGUUGUCAUUUUUAUGUUUUAUGCCUGAGGACUCCUUCAAAAACAAGAUGGUGCAUCUCAAGGGGUUCAUCCUCUAAUUAAAUUCUGAAAUAAAUAAAUAUUCAGGCCGAUAAGGUUAUUUCUUGGAGUAUAUACUGAAUUUGCUGUAAAUAUUUACAUGACACUGAAUAAUAUCCAUUUUUUCUUUCUUUUUUUAAACUUUAGCUUUCAAGAGAUGAACGUGUCAGCUGCCAAUGUGUCAGUUGUUUUACAGUAUCGAGACUCCUUCACUAAAGCUGUGACCAAGAAUGUAAUUGUUGUGGUUCUCGGGAUCUCCAUCAACUACAUCAAUGCCAGCCUCAUUCACACCUUUCGCAAACACGAGAUCUUCUACAUGAAUCCCCGGUAUAUCCUUUUUAUUCACCUGGUGGUCAACGACAUGAUCGUAGUGACCCUGACCGUUAUCCUGUUCAUCAUCAGCUACACCCUCUACAAAAUAAAUGUCUCCGUCUGCUGCAUCUACGUCCUGUUUCUUAUUUUCACCACUGAAAACACUCCUCUGAACCUGGCCUGCAUGGCAGUGGAGUGCUAUAUCGCCAUCUGUCUUCCUCUUCGCCACACACAAAUCUGUACCGUCAAGAGAACGUUAAUGCUGAUUGGUUUAAUCUGGACGACAAGCAUUAUCUCUGGUAUUCCUGAUCUCUUCAUCACCUUAGCCACAGAGCCGCUGGACUUCUUUCAUUCUCGAGUCUUCUGCCUCAGAAAAAAUGCCUUUCCACAUCCUCUCCUUGUUAAGAAGAGGGACAUCACAUAUAUAACAUUUCUAGUUAUAGUCUGGAUCACCAUCUUUUACACUUACUUUAAGAUCCUGUUCACUGCAAAGACAGCUAACAAAGAUGCAAAGAAAGCCAGGAACACUAUCCUCCUCCAUGGGUUUCAGCUCCUGCUGUGUAUGUCUUCAUAUGCAACAGCUCUGUUGAAAGAUGCUCUGCAGCGAUGGUUCCCUAAGAAUUAUGCAGACUCCCUCUUUGCUAUCUACAUUAUAGUACAGAUCCUGCCACGAUUCAUUAGUCCAAUCAUAUAUGGCAUACGAGACAAUACUUUCAGGAAGUACCUGAGAAGGCAUCUAUUGUGUAAAGUCAGCAAACCAUAAGCAACCAUUCAUAGAGUAUAAAUGAGUCUCUCAAGGUAAACCUUUAGUUAUCUACAAGAUUUCCUUAGCACACUCCUCAGUCCAUACAACUUAGCCUGUGCACUUCUUUCCAUCACACUCUUGAGUGUGAGAGUCUAAAGUUCAGCCAGACACACAGCUGUUAUACAUUUUUGUAAAUCCAUCCAUCCAUCCGCUUAUCUGGGACUGGGUUGCAGUGGCAUCAGACUGGGCAAAGAAACCCAGACAUCCUUCCUCCUGGGGGAUCCCACAGUAUGCCCAGGCCAGAAGAGAUAUGUAAUUCCUCCAGGGUUCUUCCCUGGGGUCUCUACCAGUCAGACAUUCCUGGAACACCUCCAGAGGAAGGAGUCCAGGAGCCAUUCCAACCAGGUGCCCAAACCACCUCGGCUGACUCCUUUUGAUGUGAAGGAGCAGUGGCUCUACUCCAAGCUUCUCACCCCAUCUCUAAGGCAGACACCCUCCAAAGGAAACUCAUUUCGGCCACUUAUGUCUGUGAUCUCAUUCUUUCAGUCACUACCCAAAGCUUGUGACCAAAGGUAAGGGUUGGGACAUAGACCGACUGGUAAAUUGAGAGUUUUGCCUUCUGGCUCAGCUCUUUCUUCACCACAAUGGUCAGGUACAAUUCCUCCAUUACUGCUGAUGCUGCACCAAUCCGCCUGUCAACCUCGCACUCCAUCUUACCCUCACUUGUGAACAAGACCCUGAGAUAAAUGAACUCCUUCACUUGGGGCCAACUCACUCCCAACCCAGAGGGAGCAGCAUUUGGAGGUGCUGACUCUCAUCCCGACCACUUCACAUUUGGCUGCAAACCAUCCCAGUGCCUGUUGGAGGUCAUGGUGUGUUAAAGCCAACAGAAUCACAUCAUCUGCAAAAAGCAGAGAUGCAAUCCUGAGGUCCCCAAACAGGACACUCAACUUGCCCCUGCUGUGCCUCAAGAUUGUGUCCAUGAAAAUCACAAACAGAAUUGGUGACAAGGGACAACACUGGCGGAGUACAACACCCACUGAAAAUGAGUCUUACUUACUGCAGAGAGUGCAGACAUAGCUCUCACUGCAGUUAUAUAAGGACCAAAUGGCUUGCAGCAAUAGCCCUGAUACCCCAUACUCCCAUAGCACCACCCACAAGGUGCCCCGAGGGACACGGUCAUAAGCCUUCUCCAAGUCCACAAAGCACAAGUAGACUGGAUAUGCAAACUCCAAAGACCCCUAAACUAUCCUUGCAAGGGUGAUGAAUUGGUCCACUGUUCCACAGCCCGGACGGAAUCCACAUUGUUCCUCCUGAAUCUAAGGUUUGACACUAAAAGCGUUAUGAGGCGCGUUGAACUGACUUGACGCCCCAACUCCGACCUUGUUUCGAUUUUGGCAUUCACCUGGCAUUAACAUCCGUCUCAGGUGAUUCAAUCACAAGUGGACAGCUCUAAGUACAGUUGUGAACGCACCACAGACGCAUUGAGGAUGCAUUGAGAUCCAAUCACUCAGACCACAUUCAGAGGUGGUCUGGGCUGCAUGUGGCCACAUUCAUUUAGCAGUGUAAAUGCAGUGUGUCCUGGGCCACAUUGAAGGACCACCUACUCAACUGAUGUUCUCUAUUUUCCAGCAGACUAGGCACGGGAAGGGCAUUGCUGCCUCCUGGUCCAAAGCUGUGUUCAACUCUUUUGAUAACAUGAUAAAGAAAUGCAUUAUUUUGUUUUCCGUCUUUCAUGUGAAUUAAAAGAAUGUAAUCCACCUCCCGUUAUUUCCUGUCUUCUCCUUUCCCCAAACCUGUUUUCCUCAUCAAAUCGACAGUCAGAAUAGAAAUAAAAAAGAAACAGGAAAUAAUUUGUUUCUCGCUUGUCUGUCUAAAAACACAUUUCAGAAGCUGAACAUUGCUGAAUAGUUUCCUCUGUGCUGCUCGACAUUAUGAGCUCAGGAUUUAUCAGGAGGACGGCUGCUUUAUUCCAAACAGUAUGAACCUGGACUGUGUGUAACAGCUGAC